AUCGCCGGCCUGAAAGUAAUCGGGUUUUCAUACAUAAAAAAAAUUAAUAUCAAAUCUAUAUAUUUUGUACGCUCACAAUGAACAUGAGGAGGAUUGCCAAGCGCUCUAUUUGGCUGGAAUGUCUUCGGGAAAAUGCCACCAAUAUGCGUCUGGAGCACGAGGAUCUGGGACGUCGCAUUGCCGUUUCUCUGGCGAGUUCCCAGAAAGCUCUGCUUGAUAUCGAAAACUUGAAUCAGGAUCUCUUGAAAAUGAAGGACACAAUCCAGAACGCCAUUACCGAUAUUAUGUGCUACGAGAAGAAGUCCUGUGAAUUGCUCCUGGAAAUUUUGAUUAGAAUAGUCGAAAGCAACGAUUUGGAUGCCCAACUAAAUCCCAAAAUGGUCUCUAACAUGUUUCUCGAGUUGGAUUCGAGUUCGGACAAGCCAGUAGAUCCGAGUUCCGACAAGCCAGUAGAUCUAAAUGAUCAGCAACAUCCUGAAGAUGUUCCAGCCUCUUCAGAUAAGAACAGUACUGAGGACCAGCUACCAUGCAAAUUGGAUACUACUUCGCUCCAAUUGGAUUAGUACCAAAUUAAUUGAAGGCAUUGUCAAUUCCACCUCCCACAUUUAUAUGGUGUAACAAGGCGGUCAGCGCUACAAAUGUUUUAUAUUUUUUAUCGAUUCAAUUAAAUUUGCAUGGUGAAUUAACAAAACAA